GCACUGCAGUAGUGCGCGCGCGCCGCCUGGUCUCCGUCAUGUCGACUGCAAUGAACUUUAGCACAAAAACAUUCAAACCGCGUCCGCCGGAAAAAGGCUCUUUCCCGUUAGAUCACUUCGGGGAAUGUAAAGACUUCAAGGAGCAGUUCAUGAGGUGUCUCCGGGAGAAUCACUUCGAAGCGGCCUGCCGACACGACUCCAAGGCGUACCUGGAAUGCCGGAUGGAAAGGCAGCUGAUGGCCAAAGAACCGCUGGAAAAGUUAGGAUUUAAAGACCUCGGGGAUGAGAAGAGUCCGGGAGCACACGAGACGACGGCCCCCUAGCCUGCGCUCUUGGACGUUGUGUGAAGUAUUCCCUCAUGUUGAGGUAGCGGACCCCCUCUCCUGUUUUGCUGCAUGAUGUCAAUAAAGGUUUCCUUGCGUGAGGACACUUUG